AGUGACGUCCAUUGCCGACUCGCCUCACAAGAUGAAAAGAAGCGACCGAACGACGCUGAGUGAAAUCAAGGCUCUGGGCUGCAAGGGUAAGGAAUCAGCUGACCUGAGUGGUAUCACCAUUCAGGUUCCCUCCAUCCCGCCUUCGUCUCAGCGCUACUGUAACGUCAUCGACAUUAUCUACAAGCUGAAGUUCAUCGUGAACAUCCCCGGCCCACACAAGGACCUGGAAGUGGACGUGCCCAUCACCAUCGGCUCCAUCCCGCUGAGGAGCUAUUACCCACUAGCCCCUUCGUUCCCGUCACAACCGGAGGAACAGCCGACAUCCACCGACCCAAGUCUUCCACCUCCUCCGUACUACGCCGUGUCCAGUACAGGUCCUGUGAAGAUCAAAGACGACGAAGAAAAGGCCGCCGACAAAAAUGACAUGGGGGAGAAGGAGUUCGCCCCCAAGUACGCCUACUACGAUUGGAGCAAACACACUUAGGUCUAGCGUUGAAGUACUAAGGUCUACCGUUGACGUACUAAGCGUCGAAGUAUUUAGGUCUUGCACAUGCGUGGAUGUACUUAUUAUGUCUUGUGUUUGCGUACUUAGGUCUUGAGGUGACGUUUUGCAAUCGUCAAAAGUAUUUAGUUGUUUUCUCUGGUUAUUUCUUUCGGUAUUCAUAGUUUACUGUAAAAGUUUGUAGCGAAAGUUCGCGUGCAAGUUCGUAGCAGAAGGCAAGAACGUAUACAUGGUAGAAACAUAAGAGACAUACAUAAGAGACAAUAGACAGUGAUCAACACUAUUUAAAAGAAGGGAACCACUUAAAUAAUAGU